UCAAGCGACACAUAUCGCCUUUGUGAAUGUGUACUCUAGCCGGCUUGUUCGUUCACCCUCGAGCGAUUCUUUCCGUUGUCCGAGGAACACUUUGGGGGGGUUACGUUAAGCUCUGCGCAAUAAGAAAUGUCAAUGUCUCAAGAGAGGAUUCCUGGCCGACUAUUCCGCGAUGGAACUAGGUGAGUUGGACGACGUGCUGCGCGCCACUCGUCAGUUUCUCCGGCAAAGACUUCUCAUCUGCCUCUUUCGACGAGCGACCGCUCCUUACAACGUCUGUCUCUUCGUUCCUUGAGCGCGACACGUACGCCAGCAACGCGGCUUUUCACCGGUCGAAGCUGCUGGUUUAAAGAAGACCUCGUAAUCGUCACGUUGCAGAGCUAGUCCACAGAAGUAGGUCGCGUGUUACGCUCGAUUUCAGAGGAACGAGAGAUUCGAUGAUGCUAGAAGGUGGAGGUUUGAAGGUGUUGAAGAUGAGCUUUCCGCGAAGAUGAUUGGUUCUCGUUGUGGAGACUGAGGAUUGGAACAAGGAUUCGUCGAUAGACUAGGUCUGUGACUUUUGAGGUGCUCCAGCUGCACAGUAUCUUGGUAAUUAGGAUGUCUCCAUGCAGAGGAUGUUUUACCGAGAGAUCGUACCAGGAUUUUACCUAAUCUGGACCAUCAGAAUCCUUUGAUUUUUUUUUGCUACGUGAGAAAUAGCAUAUUAUCAGAUAAAUAUUUUCUCAGCCUUUCCAAUUAUUUCCACUUCUCUUGCAUCAUGCAAGUAUUAUUUUACAUCAUCUGCUUGAGUAAAAAAUGUUGUAUCAUAUUUUACUCGUUUAAUUAGACAAAGUAACGCGAUUGCUUGAUCGAUGAAAAUUGUACGGGGCUUUCGUUGAGAGAUUAUGACAUGGGGUCUACGCGUUCCCGCGAGAACCCCACAUUAUCAAAAAUUUAACGCACAAAUACUCACGUUAGGAGUAUUUACAGGCUUCAGCUUGUGGCCUCAUGCCUGGGGGAACCACCUCGUUGAUCAUGGUAUCCCCUGCGCCAGGUUAGUAUGGUACACGCCGAUUACCGGCCCAGUGAUUAGCACUAACGAUACCAUAGUCACAUUCGAGAAAUCGUUGAAAACGAAACUCCAUCCAUCGGCAAUCAGGAUGAACUAUCUAUAAUAAUUGAAUAACGAAUAGUUCGAUCCAGUUACCAGGCGGCUGAGGAAAUUUUCGCGCUUCAAUUUGGCGCAAUUCAGUUUCCUCUGUUCUUAGUGAAACUUUUAGUAACUGUGAGGUGAAUAUAAAGAAUUUUUUAUUUACUUUUUUGUUUAUGUUCUUAUUUAUCCUAUGUUCAGUUUUCUUGCCUUACAUCGAGUACAAUAGAUUCAAUGUAAUGAAGAAUCUGUCUUCUUCUUUCUUACAGCGAUUUAAGGUACGGCCCAACCGCAAGAUACCAAUCAUAUUUAUUUAUUGCUCUCACGUUUGAAAUUAAUUCAACAAGAUUCACGAUUAAUUUUUGUUUGUUUUGUUUAAUUGUUUUUAUUAGUUCCUUCUCGUCCAAGACAAUUGCUUUUCUCGCGCGACAGUCGUUUUGUAGACCUUCGAUGAAAUUUCACUGCGAACAAAUAUGCAUAGCAAAUGUAUGGCCGCGUUUCACUCGAGAGAAACCGGAGCCAGGGCGUGUAAUUCCUGAAUCGACGCGUGCAGCCACCCCGUCUACCGGUGAAAUUUCCUGCCUAAAUCGGGGAUAUUGUGAGCUUGAUUACUUCGAUAUAGAUAUUGCGUUACAGUCAUGGCUGGGGGCGUGUAAUCGAACUACACGGAGUCUCGUAAACUCGAUGAACUUGAAAGACGAGCCAACGUCGAAGUCUUGAACUUCUGACGGCGUGCAAUGUUAGCACUUUGCCGUCGAGUUUGCGGCCUCGCUCCUCUCGCUUCUUGUCUCUGCCACCAGUCUACUGUUGCUUCUGAUCCGACGAUUUCCCCCUGGUAAUUGAUUUCCCGUGUGUAAACGUGGUCAAAGGUGCUCGAUGGUUCAGUGAAUUUUUAACAUUUCUUUGACGCGAAGUCAAGAAUCCUGCAGAGAAAAUGUUUGCCGUACGUUUUUCAAGCAGAGAAUAAUUAAUCCGAACUGGAUAAAGAAGAAAGUGAAAUAGCAAAGUGGCAAUUUUACAAUCAUGUAUUCAUAUUUUUAUUUGAAAUUGCUUCAGGUUUAUUGCACUUUUUCACCAAGACAGAUUACUAACUAAUUAAUUAAUAAUUAUUAUAACUAAUUGAAAAAGAAGCUGAAACCAAUUCGUCUAAGAACCAGACGAAUACAACGAUAUGCUCGGACCACUGAACGUUUGACGGGCACGCGAGAAAAACGGGCCACCCCAUUGAUAGCCCAUUAAUUCCCAGUAAUGAUCCAAUUACCACGCCGAAGUCGGCCCUUUAGAACACCUAUUCACCACCUUGGAACGUGUUCGUGCGCAUCAGUCACGUUCCACAGCAUUGAGCAACAUCCAAGUGUACCCAGCCUAACCGAACCGCAACCAGACCACCGUUGCAAAUCAACCCCCGCCCUCUCAACAGGUUCAAAUAUUAAUUCAAUAGGACUGGUCGUCGUAGUAACGGUAAACAGAGGUUCGCUCUCUUUGACCCGCCAAGGAUCGUAGCGUUAGACGUCCAUCGUUUCAACGUUUCUAACCUCCAGUCGAACGAGAUGAGUUUCUUCAAGGUGGAGGAGACGCAAUGCGGUCCUCUGAAGCCGAGGAAGUAUCCUACGGUUGCAAUUGGUAGUCUGAACGCGCCUUGGGGAUACAGAUUGCGCGAAAGAUCGGGUUGCAAGACAGUGAAGAUCCCGGAAUCGUACGAGGAACAUCGACUGCAGAAGGAGAGGGAGUAUGAACAUUUGACGAAAAUUCUGGAGUUCGAGAACCAAACGAACAACAGAAUCAAGAAGAAGAGCGUGUGGCAGCGAGUUCAGCAAGGAUUAGCAUCCUUCGAGGACGGCGUGAAUGCGCGGCGAGAAAAACUUCGCGAGUUACUGUUGAAAGAAGAGAUGGGGCUGAUUCACGAGGUGAUAUACCAGGCUCAGCACGGCGACGACGCGAGGAUGGACGACAUGCGUCGUUCGAUAGAAGAAAUCCGCAAAGAAGAGGAAGAGAAACGUCUAGCAGUGGUAGCUGCGAAGAGAAUGCAACAGUAUAUAGCUCAAUGUCCAGAAAUUCGUAACAGUCGCUCGAAGAAAUCAGUGAUCGAUGCAAAACAGGGAAAUCUGGCCCAAAUGGCGGCUAACGAAGCCAAGAGACAAGCAGAUAAAGAAUUGGACAAUCUCUGGCACCAGUUGAUGUUGAAGGAAGUGGAAGCGAAGAAACAGAGAGAGGUCGAGGAAGCGAAAAGACGUUGCCUAACGGAACAAGUGAAUAUGACCAUCCUGGCGAACCAAGUAGCAGGAAAGUUAGCUCUGGAGGAGCAAAGGAAGCAAAUACAUAUGGAAGACAGAGAGCAUAUGCAACGUCUGAUAGAGAAACUUCGCGAAGAAGAGCUUGAGAAGCUCGAGAAAGAACGUCAGAAGAGAGAGGAGCUGAAGAAGGAUCUACAGGAACAGAUUCUGGUAGCCAAGCGAAAGUUAGCCGAGCAGGCACGCCAUGAAGCGGAAAUGGACCGCUUGAGAGGAAUCAUCGCUGCGGAGGAAUUAGCGAAAGAGCAGUCUGCCAUCAAAGAGUCCAGUGCGGCUCUUCGUAGAGAAUUACUCGCUUAUAUCGAAUAUUUGGAAGAUUUGCGGAAAGAGGAAGCUAGAAGAAACUUGGAAGUGGAUAGAAUAAUAGAAAAGUCAAUGCAGGACACUGUUUGCAAACGAAAUCUUGCGGUACAGAAAUUCAAAGAGGCUCGAAUGAAGAUUCUACAGGAUGUUCUUCGAGGUCGCGAGGAACAACUGAGGAUAAAGUGUGAGAAUGACAAGAAGGAGAUGGAAGCGCGUCAAUUGGAAAAGGAAAUGCUGGAGAAGCAAAUAGAAUCGGAGGCCAAGUUGACUACUUAUGCGAAAAAAGAAAAAAUGGAGAAAAUGUUGUGUUAUAGGAAGGAUUUGGAAGAACAAUGGAAACGGGCCGAGGAUGCGAAGCGUAGAGAAGCUGAAGAAGAUAGGAAGAUGUAUUUGGAGGAAAUUAAGCGGCAAGAAGAGUAUGAGAAAUUGACAGAGGAAUUGUUGGAAGCUUCUGACAAUGUUACUCCGCAUCCUUUUAAGAUUUUGCUGAAGGAAUGCGCAGCUCGUUAUGCUGCGGAGAAGGAAGGACAGUGUUACUGUCCGCCGCCGUUAUCCGAAUAGAAUUAAUGAUGUACGUGCAAGUUUUAAUAAUCGAAGGUAUAUUAUAUAUAUUUUAUCGUAUUUAUAAAUUAACGUAAUUGAUG